AUGGAAGAACAGCAGCCGGAGCCGAAAAGUCAGCGCGACUCGGGCCUGGGCGCGGUGGCAGCGGCGGCGGCGGUGGUGGCGGCGGCGGCCCCCGGCGGCCUCAGCCUGAGUCUCAGCCCAGGAGCCAGCGGCAGCAGCGGCAGCGAUGGAGACAGCGUGCCGGUGUCCCCACAGCCUGCACCCCCGUCGCCUCCUGCGGCGCCCUGCUUGCCGCCCCUGGCCCAUCACCCGCACCUCCCCCCGCAUCCCCCGCCCCCGCCGCCGCCACCGCCACCGCCGCCGCCACCGCAGCAUCUCGCUGCUCCUGCUCACCAGCCGCAGCCCGCGGCCCAGCUGCACCGCACCACCAACUUUUUCAUCGAUAACAUCCUAAGGCCCGAUUUCGGUUGCAAAAAGGAACAGCCCCUGCCGCAGCUCUUGGUGGCGACCGCUGCAGCCGGUGGUGGCGCAGGAGGAGGAGGAGGAAGCCGCGUGGAACGUGACCGAGGGCAGACUGGUGCAGGUAGAGACCCUGUCCACUCGCUGGGCACACGAGCUUCGGGCGCUGCCUCGCUCUUGUGCGCUCCAGAUGCGAACUGUGGCCCACCCGACGGCUCCCAGCCCGCCACCGCCGUCGGCGCGGGCGCAUCCAAAGCCGGGAACCCGGCUGCAGCGGCGGCGGCGGCGGCUGCAGCGGCGGUGGCGGCGGCAGCAGCAGCAGCGUCGAAGCCCUCGGACAGCGGCGGCGGCAGUGGAGGCAGCGCGGGGAGUCCCGGGGCGCAGGGAGCCAAGUUCCCGGAACACAACCCAGCGAUCCUUCUCAUGGGCUCAGCUAACGGUGGGCCGGUGGUCAAGACUGACUCGCAGCAACCCCUAGUCUGGCCCGCUUGGGUCUACUGCACACGCUACUCGGACCGACCGUCCUCUGGCCCACGCACCAGGAAGCUAAAGAAGAAAAAGAGCGAGAAGGAAGACAAGCGGCCGCGAACGGCGUUCACGGCCGAGCAGCUGCAGAGACUCAAGGCGGAGUUCCAGGCAAACCGCUACAUCACGGAGCAGCGGCGACAGACCCUGGCCCAAGAGCUCAGCCUGAACGAGUCCCAGAUCAAGAUCUGGUUUCAAAACAAGCGUGCCAAGAUCAAGAAAGCCACGGGCAUCAAGAACGGCCUGGCGCUGCACCUCAUGGCCCAGGGACUGUACAACCAUUCUACCACCACUGUCCAGGACAAAGACGAGAGCGAGUAGCUGUGGCCAGCCCCAAGGCCUGUGUCCAACGGUGCCCGUGCCACCUUCUGGCUCCAAGGGGCUUUUGCUUCAGCAGCCCCACGCCGCCAUGCAAAGAUCGCUAAGGACGGAGGUAUCAAUCGGGACGACAGAGAAAGCGAGAGAAGUCAAUUCUCCGAGUGGACAUUCACAUGGGAACGAAAUGGUGUUUGAAAUGGGAGAAAGACUCGGACAGGUGCUAUGGGGGGAAAAAAGAUCUAUUCUCUAACUUACAGUAUAAGACGAAACUGCGAAUUCCUUAAAGCUCUAUCUAGCCAAACUGCUUACGACCGUGUAUAUAUUUAAUUUCAGGUAAGGAAAACAGAUAUGUGUAGCGAUCUCUAUUUGCUGGACAUUUUUAUUAAUCUCAUUUAUUAUUAUUGUUAUAAUUAUUAUAAUUAUUAUAAUUAUUUUAUGCCUCCUCCCUACCUUGCUGCCCCCCUCCUAGCCCAGUUUCGUUUUUUUUUUUCCCGUUGCUCUUUUCUUUUGAAUGUUUUUGCUUCUCUGGGUACCUCCC